CGGGGCGGGGGCGCAAUGCCGGGGACCCUGCAGGGAGAAGGCCGAGCUGGAGGCCCCGUGCCGGGGUCCGGUGCGGAGCCCCCCGGGGCAGCGGGGCCCCGCCGCGGCCGGAUCCGUGCGGGCCGGGGCGGCACGGGCCGGCCCCGGACACUGGGGCGCUGCGCGGGGCGGGCCGGGGCGGAGAGGGGCGGCUCGGCUCGGCUCGGCUCGGCACGGCCCCGCCGGCACUCGGCUGGACGCUCUCGCCCGGCGCCGCCGCAGCCGCGCAGCCCGUGGGGACGCGAGGGCCACGCCGCCAUGGGACACCACAGCACGUGGACGUGGCAGGAGCUGCUGGUGCUGCUGGGGGGGCUGUGGCUGUGGGGGGGCAGUGCCCAGCCCACCCCUCCGGGCCCCACGCGCAGCCCCGCGCCCCAGCUGAAGUUUCGGCUGGCUGGCUACCCACGCAAGCACAACGAGGGCCGCAUCGAGGUCUUCUACAACGAUGAAUGGGGCACCAUCUGUGAUGACGACUUCACGCUGGCCAACGCACAUGUGCUGUGCCGGCACCUCGGCUUCGUGGCUGCCACCGGCUGGGCCCACAGCGCCAAGUACGGCAAAGGCGUUGGGCGGAUCUGGCUGGAUAACGUGAAUUGUGCGGGAAGUGAGAAGAGCAUUGGGGACUGCAAACACCGUGGCUGGGGGAACAGUGACUGCAGCCACGAGGAAGAUGCAGGUGUCAUCUGCAAGGACGAGCGCAUCCCAGGCUUCAAGGACUCCAACGUCAUUGAGACAGAGCAGAGCCACGUGGAGGAGGUUCGCCUGCGGCCGGUGGUGUCAGGGGCCCGGCGGCGGCUGCCAGUGACAGAGGGUGUCGUGGAGGUGCGCUACAAGGAUGGCUGGGCACAGAUCUGCGACGAGGGCUGGGACACCAAGAACAGCCGUGUCAUCUGUGGCAUGAUGGGCUUCCCUGCAGAGAAGAAGGUGAACAGGAACUUCUACAAGCGGUUGAAGCGCGCAGCCAGGACGAAGGGACGGAGCCCAAGGCUGGGCAGCAGGCUGGCCUCCAAAUCUCAGCCUAAACAAAAGCGCAGGGAGGACGUAGGGUCCAGGAAGAGGCUGUUUGCGGAGCGGCAGCAGCUCAACUACCGCCUGCACUCCGUGUCCUGCACGGGGACGGAGGUGCACCUCUCCAUGUGCACCUUCCAGUUCUACCAGGGCAACACCUCCACAGCCUGCGGGGCCGGCAUGCCCGCCGUUGUCAGCUGCCUGCCUGGGCCCCUCUUCACCUCUGGCAGCACCCACAAGAAGAAGCAGCGCCAGCAGCAGCAGGGCCAGCUGCGGAUCCGGCUGAAGGGAGGUGCGAAGGCCGGGGAGGGCCGCGUCGAGGUGCUCAAGAGCAACGAGUGGGGCACAGUCUGCGAUGACCGCUGGAACCUGCUGUCAGCCAGCGUGGUGUGCCGUGAGCUGGGUUUCGGCAGCGCCAAGGAAGCCCUCACUGGGGCACGCAUGGGCCAAGGGACAGGGCCAAUCCACCUGAACGAGGUGCAGUGCCUGGGCACCGAGAAGUCCCUCUGGAGCUGCCCCUUCAAGAACAUCACGCAGGAGGACUGCAAGCACACAGAGGAUGCAGCCGUCCGCUGCAACGUCCCCUACAUGGGCUACGAGAACCUGAUUCGGCUGAGCGGGGGUCGGAGCCGCUUCGAGGGGCGGGUCGAGGUGGCGGUGGGGGCUGGCGACGGGGACGAGCUCCGCUGGGGUCUGGUCUGCGGCGAAGGCUGGGGUACGCUGGAGGCGAUGGUGGUCUGUCGCCAGCUGGGUCUGGGAUUCGCUAACCACGGCUUACAAAUCCGCCUAGCCGGCGGGAGGACGGCGUUCGAGGGCCGUGUGGAGGUGAAGCGCGGCAGUAAGUGGGGCACGGUGUGCAGCGAUGGCUGGACCACCAAAGAGGCCAUGGUGGCCUGCCGCCAGCUUGGCCUGGGCUACUCCCUGCACGCGGUGACGGAGACGUGGUACUGGGAUGCCAGCAACGUGACGGAGAUGGUGCUGAGCGGUGUGAAGUGCGCUGGCCACGAGAUGUCCCUGAGCCACUGCCAGCACCACGGCAGCAGCCUGAGCUGCAGGAACACGGGCACGCGCUUCGCCGCAGGCGUCAUCUGCUCUGAGACUGCCUCUGACCUGCUGCUGCAUGCGCCGCUGGUGCAGGAGACGGCGUACAUCGAGGACCGGCCGCUGCACAUGCUGUACUGUGCCGCCGAGGAGAACUGCCUCUCCAGCUCGGCCCGCCUGGCCAACUGGCCCUACGGGCACCGCCGCCUGCUCCGCUUCUCCUCCCAGAUCCACAACAACGGCCGGGCCGACUUCCGCCCCAAGGCCGGCCGCCACUCCUGGGUCUGGCACGAGUGCCACCGGCACUACCACAGCAUGGACAUUUUCACCCACUACGACAUCCUGACUCCCAACGGCACCAAAGUGGCAGAGGGCCACAAGGCCAGCUUCUGCCUUGAGGACACAGAAUGUGAAGAAGAUGUGGCCAAGCGGUACGAGUGUGCCAACUUCGGGGAGCAGGGCAUCACGGUGGGCUGCUGGGACCUGUACCGGCACGACAUCGACUGCCAGUGGAUCGACAUCACUGACGUCAAGCCCGGCAACUACAUCCUGCAGGUCGUCAUUAACCCCAACUUCGAGGUGGCAGAGAGCGACUUCACCAACAACGCCAUGAAGUGCAACUGCAAGUACGACGGGCACCGGAUCUGGGUGCACAGCUGCCACAUCGGCGAUGCGCUCAGCGAGGAGGCCAGCAAGCGGUUUGAGCAGUACCCGGGCCAGCUGAACAACCAGAUCUCGUAGGGCCCAGACACAGGAGCCCCGGGGAGAUGGGCAUCUCCCUCCUCCGCCCCACACGUGCAGGAGGAAGCUGCUGCGGGGCCGGUGGGGGGCUCACCCCCAACACCUCCAAGCCCUGCACUGCUCUGGGGGCUGCCCAGGACCCACCACCGGGGAGCCACCGGGGGCUGGAGGCACCGGCAGCCCGGGGCACUGCCCCAAACACUGGCCGGACGCUGCGCCCCCUUCCUGGGCUGCGGCACCAGGGCACGGUCCAGAGAGGCCCCGUGCCUCCUCCUGCUGCACCGUGCUCCCCCCGCUCCCCAUCCCCACCACCCCACUGCACCCCCUCCUGCUCCCCCAGCCCAGUUCCUCUCGCCCUGAGCUGCCUUCUCUUGGGCUCUGCCCUCUGCUGGCACCAGGACCCUCUGCCCACCUGGGGACCCCCCCGCUCAGGGCCAGCCUCUGUCAUGCCCCAGGAGCCCCUUGUUCCCCAGGAUGCGGUGGCCGCCCUGCACUGGCAGUGCUGCCUCUGGCUGCCCAGCAGCAGCUCCCACACUCAUUCCUUAGUUGUAAUUUUAUUUUCUUGAUAAAGUUGUCUGUUCUAUUUCCUCAA